AUGUUAAUUAUGAAUGAUGAACAAAUGGCAUUCAAUACAAAUUCAACGUUAUUAUCAACAAAAGGUGAAGCAAGUCAAGAUGAACUACAUAAAUUACAUGUUAUAGCUAAUCAAACAGAACACGAACUUCAAACAGCCAUUGAUUCUAAUAUGGAACGUAAUAAACAAUUAAAUAUUUUAUUAGAUCGAAGUGAUUUAUUAUUACAUAAAAAUGAAGCAUUUGGUUUUGGUGUUAUGGAUUAUCGAAAAGAUAUUGAACGAAAACAAGCAAUAAAUAAAUUAAAAUAUAUUGCUAUUGGAAUUCUUCUUCUUAUUGUUAUUGUUCUUAUUGUUGUCUUAAAUAUUAUUUUAAAUCACACAAAUAAUCUAUCCGAUAGAAGUACAAAUAUUAUUCUUGAAUAA